ACGGCGGUAGCGAUGGUGAUCCCGGCGACUCCGAGAACCUCGAGGAGUUGAAGUAUGAUCCAGCCGACGACCGCUACCCCCGCGGGCUAGAAGGGAAGAAACUCCUCUGGGGCGCCUCGAACGCUGGCCCGCUGCGCCAUGGGCUUGAGAGUGGCCGCACGCGGAAGCAGACCCGGGAGAUGCAAGGUGCCGGGGAGAUGCCGGGCCCCGGAGAAACACCGGACCCGGAAGAGGCACUGCUGGCGACCAUCCUGAAAACUGGCGGGACGAGGAUUGUUGAGGACUACAUCUGCAACUCGCUCGUGAAGGAGCAGUGGGACGAGGAGCAGACACGCCGUAUGAAGGAGAUGUACAGGCGCGAGGUGCAGGAGGUGUUGGGCCCGGAACAGCAGGCGUUCGGGGCCGAGGUCGUCGCCAGCGGGUCUUCGCAACCACUCCCAGACCCACAGCUAUGUAUGACCUCGCCAAUCGGGCAGAAGCCGAGUGAUGUGGAAGCAGUACCGAUGACGUACAAGGAUGUGAUGUGUUCCAAGUACAAGGUUUUCUGGGAGGCGGCCAUGAAGAAAGAGAUAGAUGGCCACGACAAGACUGGAACCUUUACCAAGGUCAAGGAGCUGCCCGAGGGGCGGAAGGCCAUAGGUUCAAAGUGGGUGUUCUCUUGGAAGACGAAUGAGAGGGGCCUGAUAGUCGACUUCAAGGCCCGUAUGGUUGCGCGGGGUUUCUCUCAAAUCCCUGGCAUUGACUUCCACCACUCAUCCUCAGCGUGCCCGUCUGCAGCGUCCAUCAAGACGGUGAUUGCCGUAGCCACUGACAAGAGCAAGAAACUCGCUCGCUGGGAUGUGAAGCAAGCGUACAUCCACGCUAAGCUAAAAGAAGAAAUAUACCUCAGGUUCCCAGAAGGCUGUGGUAGCAUGUCCGGCAAAGUGGUCAAGGUUGAGCGUGCCCUGUAUGGCCUAAAGCAGAGUGGCCGUGAGUGGGGGUUUGAAGCUGCCGAUGCCCUCAUCGAGAAUGGAUACGAGCAGUGCAGGGUUGACCCGUGUGUCUUCCGGAAGGUGGUGGAUGGAGAGGUCGUAGGUCUCAUCGUGAUCUACGUUGAUGACAUCUUAGUGGCUGCAGACGAGGGAGAGCGACAGGAAUUGCUCGCUUCCCUCAACAAGAAGUUUCCGGUGGGAGAUCUGGGGAAGUGUACCUGGUACGACGGGUGUGCUAUCGCCAUGGAUGUAGAAAAUGGCAUCACCAAGCUGUCCCAGACAGCAUACAUUGAGAGUAUGCUGAAGCGGUUUGAUGUGACCACGACCGCUUUCACCCCUGCUGCCACCGAUCGAUGCCGACCUAGGGCCGAGGAGAGAUGACGAGCCCGCGGUGGAUAAGCCUGUGAGCAAGGCAAUCGGAUGCCUGAUGUGGACGAAGCUGACGAGGUCAGACAUCGCCCUGCCUCUGAACAAGCUCCAGAAGAUCGCCCACCCACCCACCGGGAGGAUAUGGAACGCGCUUGUGCGGAUCAUGUCCUACCUGAACUUCACGAAGGACUUCGGCAUCACCUACGUACGGGGGUCAGGACUAGACCUAAGCGUACCUAAGCGUGCUUGUCGAUACCAGCUACGCUGACAACGAAGUAGACAGACGUUCUACGACCGGGCUAGCUGUGACCGUAGGUGGUACCGGAGUGUGUGCAUCCACCAAGACGCAGCCAGUGACGGCUCAGUCGACCUCGGAAGCAGAGUAUAUGGCAGCCGGGGAGGGCGUGAAGGAGGCGUUGUUUGUGCGUGGCGUUCUGUCGUUCAUAGCGCCCGAGCCGAGUGGGGCGUAGAUCAAGGUCCUUGAGGACAACAAGGGGGCUCUCGCCUUAAUCGAGAACCCGUUCAACUCAGCGAGGAGCAAGCACAUCGACGUGCGGUUCCAUUUCAUUCGC